AUGCCAACAGACCUAUCUCACAACGACUCACCGGACACUCUACUCGGGCUGUAUUCCUUCCCCAUCGACAACGGCUGGGCGCUCGCAGCCGCCUGCUCCUCUACGCCGUCUAAGCCGAAGCCAUCCGCCUGCGAAGCUGCCCCUUCUCGUUCCCCAUCGACAUCUCCGACGCUCGUCCCCUCUUCCUUUCCCUCACCCAGUGUCAGCCCGGGCCCCGAUUUACCAUGGUCCGACUCCGAUCCCGAUCUCGACGCCUGUCAUUGUCAAGAGCCUGACGGGAUCGAUUCGCUCGCGGACGCUUUUGCCCGCCUAUCAGUGAGCGAGAAGGCGGAGCACCACUGCAAACCCCGACUCAAGGCGACGCCCAGCGCCUUUGGACUCGCGGCCCGGAGGUUCGACGGCGUGGGGGCCGCGGAACUAAAUAUGGGCCUUCGGGAGUCGAUGACGAGAACAGAGUCGGCAGAGCUGGUCGAAUCCCUUGACGAACUGCACCUACGUAUAGGCGAAGGCGGGGAGCGAUGGCGGGCUACACAGAACAACGAUCGCGGCGAGCUUGACGAGGACGCGGCGGACAACUCCAUCGAAUGGGAUGCUACAGGCAUGGAAUCCGCGGAGACCUUGGUAGAAGCUCAGUCGGGCACAAAACUUGAAGCCGACCACGCCUCAGAAUCAUACUCGCCGUCUCCGUUAACGCGACAAUCUGUCGGCCCAUUUUAUUCUCCCCCAGCAAUUUACACCACUUUGUAUCUCCCAGUUCUCCGGACCCCAUCUGGAUCAUCCUCGCUUUGCAGAUUUGGUACUGUGCUCGUAGGUGCCGCACCAAUCCUCGUUGGACACAAUAUUGUAUUACAGAGAAGUAGACACAACUAA